UUCACUAUAAAUUCUAGUUAUAGAGUUUCUCCCUCCUCUCUCUUACGGGUCUGCAGAGCAAUCGCUCCAUGCUCGUUCCGGGUUCCCGCUCUACAAAAACCCUAGAAAAGCGUAUCCCGGGUUUUUCCUUUGGUUCUAUUGUUUCAAUUGUAAAAUGGAGAAAACAGGUAUUGAGGAAGCAAGUGGGACACCACCUUUGCCCCCAUCACCAAGUAUACCCCCAAAUGUCAAGCCAGAGCAAGUGGGCCCUCCUAAGCGUUCUGUUAUUAGUAGGAGGGGUGUUGGUACUGCUGGGCGGCGCAUAUCUCUGCUCACGAACCACUUCAAAGUUUCUAUGAAUAUUUCAGAUGCAAUGUUUUACCAGUACAGUGUUUCUAUUACUUCAGAGGAUAAGAGAGUGGUUGAUGGCAAGGGAAUUGGGAGAAAAGUGAUCGAUCGACUUUACCUAACAUACUCUUCUGAACUUGCUGGGAAGAAAUUUGCAUACGAUGGAGAGAAAAGUUUGUACACAGUGGGCCCUCUGCCACAAAACAACUUUGAGUUCACAGUCGUGGUUGAGGAGUUGCUUGCAAGAAGUGCUAAUGGUAGCCCUGGUGCAAAUGGAAGUCCCAGUGGCAAUGGCAAGCGACCAAAGUGUUCUUUUCGAUCGAAAACUUUCAAGGUGGCAAUCAGCUAUGCUGCCAAAAUACCUUUAAAAUCUAUUGUUCUUGCCCUCAAAGGAAGUGAGGUUGAUAAUAACGCUCAGGAUGCAUUGAGAGUGCUUGACAUUAUAUUGAGACAGCAAGCAGCUAACAGGGGCUGCCUUUUGGUAAGGCAGUCAUUCUUUCAUGAUGAUUCGAGGCACUUUACUGAUGUGGGGGGAGGAGUAACAGGCUGUCGGGGUUUCCAUUCUAGUUUCCGUACAACUCAGGGUGGUUUGUCACUGAAUAUGGAUGUAUCUACAACUAUGAUCCUAACUCCUGGACCUGUGAUUGAUUUUCUGCUAGCUAACCAGAAUAUACGGGAUCCUCGCCAUAUCAACUGGGAAAAGGCUAAAAAGAUGCUGAAAAAUAUGAGGAUUAAGACAAAGCACAGCAACAUGGAAUUCAAAAUCACUGGCCUAAGUGAGAAGCCCUGUAAUCUGCAACAUUUUCCUCUGAAAAUGAGAAACAGCGAUGAUGCAAAUGAUGAAGAUCAGACUGUGGAGAUUACUGUCUAUGAAUAUUUUACUAAACACCGUGGCAUAGAACUAUCCAUUUCUGCUUACAUGCCAUGCCUUAAUGUUGGAAAGCCAAAACGACCCAACUAUCUACCCCUGGAGCUUUGUUUGCUAGUUUCACUCCAACGAUAUACAAAGGCAUUGUCUAUCAUGCAGAGAUCAACUUUAGUUGAAAAGUCAAGGCAAAAGCCUCAGGAUCGAAUACGAACUGUGACUGAUGCUGUGAGAAACUACCAAUAUGAUGAGGAUCCUGUGCUUUCUGCAUGCGGUAUUUCUAUUGACAGACAAUUGACUCAAGUUGAUGGUCGUGUCCUUGAGGCACCAAAGUUGAAGGUUGGUAAUAGUGAAGAUUGCAUCCCUCGUAAUGGAAGAUGGAACUUCAAUCACAAGAAACUUUUAACCCCUGUUCGAAUUGAACGCUGGGCAGUUGUGAACUUUUCCGCUCGCUGUGAUACCAGCCAUCUUUCCCGGGAGCUUAUUAACUGUGGAAGGAAUAAGGGCAUUCUUAUUGAACGCCCUCAUACACUAAUUGAGGAAGAUCCACAAUCUAGAAGAGCUAGCCCUGUUGCAAGAGUGGAGAAGAUGUUUGAAAUAGUAAGGGCAAAGCUUCCAGGUCCUCCUGAAUUUCUUCUGUGUGUCUUGCCGGAGAAGAAAAAUUCUGAAAUUUAUGGACCUUGGAAGAAGAGAAGUCUUAGUGAUUUUGGAAUUGUCACGCAAUGCAUUUCCCCUACUAAAAUCAAUGACCAGUACCUCACAAAUGUACUUCUUAAAAUCAAUACCAAGCUUGGAGGAACAAAUUCUUUGUUGGCAAUAGAGCACACUUCUCGUAUCCCCUUGAUUAAAGAUACUCCUACAAUGAUUUUGGGGAUGGACGUCUCUCAUGGGUCUCCUGGUCAAGCAGAUGUCCCAUCCAUAGCUGCAGUUGUUGGCUCUCGAUGUUGGCCACUGAUCUCAAGGUAUAGAGCAUCAGUAAGAACACAGUCACCUAAGGUUGAGAUGAUUGAUGCUUUAUACAAGCCUUUGGCAAAUGGGAAUGAUGAUGGAAUGAUCAGGGAGCUGCUUGUGGACUUCUUUCAAACCAGCAAUGGACGCAAACCAGCGCAGAUUGUUAUAUUCAGGGAUGGAGUGAGUGAAUCACAGUUUAAUCAAGUUUUGAACAUUGAGCUGGAGCAAAUCAUGAAGGCCUAUCAGCAUCUUGGGGAGGUUGAUUUUCCCAAGUUCACAGUGAUUGUGGCUCAAAAGAAUCAUCACACAAAACUAUUUCAAGCUGGUGCCCCUGAAAAUGUUCCACCUGGGACAGUAGUGGAUACAAAAAUUGUGCAUCCAAGAAAUUAUGAUUUCUACAUGUGCGCUCAUGCAGGGAUGAUUGGAACAUCUCGCCCAGCACAUUAUCAUGUCUUGCUUGAUGAGAUUAGCUUCUCUCCUGAUGACUUGCAACAUCUUAUCCACUCCCUAUCAUAUGUGUACCAAAGGAGCACAACCGCCAUCUCAAUUGUGGCACCCGUUUGCUAUGCUCACCUUGCUGCCCAACAGAUGGGGCAGUUUAUUAAGUUUGAUGAUCUAUCUGAAACUUCUUCAGCGAAGAGAGCCAUCACAACAGAAGAGAGCGUCCCCGUUCCGGAGCUCCCCAGGUUGCAUGAGAAUGUCCGAGGUUCCAUGUUCUUCUGUUGAGUGGUGGAUAAGGUGGAUAACUUCCAGUCUCCGUAAAUAUUUUGGUGUUUUGUUUAUCUUUCCAAUACUGGGUAAUGGCCAGCCAGUAGGGAAAUCAGAAAUGAUAUACAUGUAGUUAAGCAACCCCAAGUUUUGAAUGAGGUGGGUUGAAUAGAGAAAUGAUAGGUAAACAAACAGAUUCAAAUGCGAUUUCUAGGUCUGAUUUUGACAGUCUUACAUUUUUCAUGUGAAACUGGUUUUGGGUAGUUGUCACCCACAGGCCACCCAGUUUGGGUUCUCAAAAAUUUCUCUGUCAAAUCUUUACGCCUAUUUUGAUCA